GGGCUGCAGGUGCCAGUUGUGGCUUAGUCUUCCAAUGCCCGUGCCGGACGGGGCAGACCGGUGCUGGGCCACGGUCCCUGAACCUCCUGGAUCUUGCAGUGUGUGGGACCCAGAAGGGGUCAUCACCCUCCGCAUAUGGAGCUCAGUGCUUUGGCUCGCCCGAAGGCAGAGGGCGCUGGAGAGACCAUAACAGUCCACAGGAAAACCCAGUACCCGAAGGUGUUUCCAACUGGCAUAACGAAGUUGGGCAGUCCCCGAAAAAAGGGACGACACAAGCCUAGGGCUCCCAAGAAGCCCCGAGUAGUCAAAGAGAAAAGCCAGGAUGAGGAGCCUUGCGGCCUGGGCUGUCUUGUGUUCCCCUGCUGUCAGCGUUUUAAUGGCAUUGGUUGCUUCAUGGUUGUUUACUGCAUCCUUGUGGUGGCUCAAGGUAUUGUAUUUGGUCUCGUAGAUCUGAGCAGUAACAAUUUUCAGAGGAAUUAUCAACUGAGCACUUUUGAAAGGAUCGCAUUGACAUCCAGCUAUGAUGUUUCAUCUUGCCUGGUAGCAAUAUUAAUAUCCUACUAUGGAGGGAGAGGGGACAGAAAGAAAUGGACUGCAUUUUCCUCCUUCUGGGUUGGAUUUGGAUCAAUUAUACUUGGUCUUCCCCACCUACGUGGUGAAAAUAAUAAAUCGAAGCUAGAAGUUGAAGAUAUUUGUGACAUAACGAAGGUCAUUGACACCUGCCCCAGAAGUACAUCGUUUUUUCAAUCAAGAUACUUGUCUUUAUUCAUCAUCGGGCAAGCCAUCCAGGGGAUUGCAGCAAUGCCUCUGUACAUCCUUGCAGUAACCUUUCUUUAUGACAGUGUCUCCCUGCACUCAUCUGGUAUCUAUUUAGGCAAGUGUUUGCUUCUCCUGCUAUAUGAUCAAGUUUUCAUUGACUUUUGUACUUCGAGCCUGUCUGGAAGUUGCUUGAUGUUCAGAGCUCACUUUGCAGGUUUUGGGGAAGCUGCACUGAUAAUCGGAUAUGCCUGUGGUGUUGCGAUGGGAGCCCCAUUAGUUAAGGCUGCUGAGAAUACUACUUUUGGCAGGCGCAUUAGUGACGGUGGUGAUAGUCAGUGGUUGCCAUGGAAUUGGUGGAGUAGUUUUCUUUUCGCCUCUCUACUUGCAUGGUCUACAUUAAUACCAUUGUUGUGCUUCCCACGUCAUAUAGCAGACACAGUCAAAGAAAAAACUGAAAACCAUGAACAGUCUUAUUUACUUGACGAUCUUAAAGAUAAGGAAUUUGGAACUAAUAUCAAGGAUUUGUGUGCUGCUCUUUGGAUCCUGAUGAAGAAUCGAGUAUUCCUUCUUCUAUGUCUGUCUAAAGCAUCCGAAUCUUUAGUUUCUAUUGGGGCAUCUGUAUUUGUACCUAUAUAUAUAGAACAUCAGUUUGUAUUAACACCCAGCGCGGCAACUAUGAUUGCAGGACUUAUUUUGCUUCCGGGAGGUGCUGUUGGUCAGCUCCUUGGAGGUGUUAUUGCUUCCAAGUUAGAAAUGUCCUGCAAAGCCCUGAUGAGAUUUGUGAUGGUCACAUCUUCUGUAUCGAUCGUAACACUUGUGGUUUUAACCUUUAUACACUGUGAUCCAGUGAAGUUUGCAGGAAUCAAUGAAGAUUAUGAUGGAACGGGGACGUUGGGAGACCUCAGAGCUCCUUGCAACAAUCACUGUAAAUGCUCAACUGCACUUUAUCACUCCGUGUGUGGAAGAGAUAAUGUGGAGUAUUUUUCUCCCUGCUUUGCAGGUUGCACAACUUCUAAAUACUUAAAGAAAAAAAAAACGUACUACAAUUGUUCUUGCAUUAAGGAGGGGUUAACGAGCCCAGAUCAGGAAGGUGAUUUUAUUGAUGCCGUACCUGGGAAAUGUGAUGUAAACUGCUAUAAAUUACCUUUAUUCAUUGCACUGUUGUUUUCUUCAAUUAUAUUUUCUUGGUGUGCUGGUGUACCAGGAACGUUAUGUAUCUUCCGCGUUGUGCCUGAAAAACUAUGUUCUCUGGCCCUGGGAGUGAGCUAUACGGUUUUGAGAAUAUUUGGGAGUAUUCCUGGACCACUAGCUUUUAAAAUAACAGGAGGUAUUUCAUGUACGUUUCGGGAUACGGAACACUGUAAAGGCAUAGGACAUUGUUGGAUGUAUGACAAGACAGAAAUGGCCUUUCAAUUUAUAGGAAUAAGUUUUAUUUGUAAAAUAUUCACUAUAUUCUUCACUGCUGUCGCAUUUUAUGGAUAUAAAAAUGUUACAAAGGAAAGCACGGAGACCUUGAUUUUGCCAGUGAGGAACAUACAAGUUCAAAAACAGGAAAAAACUGAUUUAUAACUGCAUCAUCAUCAUAGUCACAGAGCACUCAGGAUCAGAAAUUCUAAAGAGUCCGUGUUUAGAGAGCCCACGUGAUUUGCUGUGCCCCACUUUCAGAAGAGGAUAAUGAGCACGUGUUGUUUACCUGUGUUACAGAAACUGAAUUUUGGCAAUCUGGAUUUUCACAAUAAAGUCUUCGUUUAAAACA